AUGGCAGGCUCCAACUCGUCUUUAGUCACUCAACCAUUCAACAUUUCGGUUGUGACUAGUAAUGGAACUGACCAACUCAAGACAGUCGUUGCUCCAUCGUGGGUUAGUACACCUAAUGUGCGAGGGACAUCGGACAUAUUGCAAAGCUGUGUCUUGACACUCGUCGCUUGUAUUUACACGGCUCUGCACCUCGAUGUUCCUAAGAAAACGACGUGGCAACACUUGUUAUGGCAAAAGUUCAAAUGGGUUGUCAUCACCCUCUUCGCGCCUGAAGUAGCGGUCUUUGUAGCUGCAACGCAACUACGCUAUGCUUGGCACCUCAGAUCAGCGCUUCGAAAGAUUCAGAAGGAACAGCAAGAGUCAUCUAAGUGGACACCUGAUGCAGACUUCGAUAUCAACCUUAAAUAUGCGUUUUUCAUCGUUAUGGGGGCUGUUCGCUUCGACGUCCAUGAUAUCUUCUCAUUUUCAGAUCUUGACGCAUCUCACCGCGACCACUUCAAGGAGACUGGGCUAGACCGGCGCUCUGUUAGAUCCGCCCCUGCAUCCAUAAUAUGGCUCGCUGAACGUGGUCAUUGGAUAAAAAUCCGAAAGCAAGAUAUUGACGAUAAAAGCAAAGCCGACACAAUCCAGAAGUCGCUUGUGCUUAUACAAGUUCUUUGGAUGGUCACACAAUGCAUAGCGAGACGCAUAAGCAAUCUGCCUCUAUCUUUAUUGGAGAUCCAUACGAUCGUACAUGUUGUUUGUGCCGUUCUUCUUUACAUUUUCUGGUUUGAGAAACCACUGAAUGUCCAGGAAGCUAUCAUCACAUCAACAGAAGAGUUCAGAGGCGAGCUUGCUACUAUGCUACAGAAGCACUUUUAUGCCGAUAUGUCAUACAAGAUGGCGCUUUUCCAACCGAAGGAGAAUGAGGAACAGCCUCCUCCAAUAGAUACCAAUGGGCUACAAAUGAAGUGGAUUGAAUCUCGAUCAGGAGAGACAAUGAGAGAGGGUCAUAUCUUGCCAUCGGGCCUUGCUCUGUCUGCAGCAAAGGUGAAGAAGCCCUAUAAAGUCUCCACUUACUAUCUUGAUCCACAAGGCGCGAACACGGGCAUCUCGUUCAAUCUAGAACCUGAAUUUCUGGCCCGCUGGAAUGCUAUCUUUGGCAGAUACCCGUACGAAGAUAGGGUGAAAUUUGCUCGAGUGUCUCAAAGAAUCGUUAUGCAGUCUAUUCAUCGACGCUACGAACCGCAAGAACUCGCCUCUGUGCAAAAGAUUAUUUAUCUCCCAGUAGUGGAAGAACUAGAACCCCGCGGGUGGGUUACUGAUUGGGAGAGACUAUUUUGGGAGACCGAGUCAAUUCUCCAUAUACACUGGGAUAAAUCAGAAACAAGUAGUAAGAAAAGUUGGAAAGAGUCAAUCAGUAAAUCGGACAUGACCUUCACAUCCUGGGAAUUUAUCACACUCGCCAUAUUCCUUACUGGCCUGUAUGGUGGUGUUCAUUUGACAAUUUGGGGACAGGCGUUCCCUUCCCGUGUGGAAGAAAUCAUGUGGAAGGCUAGCUGCCUGGUUCUGGUUUCUUUUGUUCCUGCUGUCUUCCUUCUUUUCUUUGCUAUUUUUGCCCUCUUGGACAAGAUGGACGAGUGGGAACAAGGAAACGAUGGUAUGGUCCAGAUGAUGAUCGAGAUAUCCGAUGUACUAACCAAACCACUGUUUAUACUACUGUUUAUGCUUGUCGCUUCAACCCUUUGUCUGACAUAUAUAUCAGGGCGAGUUUUUAUUAUUGUUGAGUCUUUCCUUUGUUUACUUCGGUCACCUGUUGGUGUUUUUGUGUCUCCCGAAUGGUUGGAGCUCUUCCCGCACUUUUGA